AAGCCCAUCAAUCAUCAAUUUAUCCCCACCAAGUACGACAUCGUUUUUCCAGGUCUCCCAACAAAGCAGCCUAAUUGACAACUGAACCAAACCCUAAACCCUUUGCUUCCCUUUCUUCAGUACUUCAAUGGAGGAAGAGAAAGAGACGGAACAAAAAGACCAAAACACCCUCGAGAGCCAACCCAAUUCACAGUCCACUCCACUCUCCAAAACCGCACAAAAGAAACUGCUGAAGCAGCAAAAAUGGGAAGCAAAGAAAGCAGAGAAGAAGGCACAAAUGAAGGAGCAAAAAAAGAAAGAAGGAGAGAGGAAGAGAAAAGAAUGGGAAGAGAAACUAUCAAGCUGUGCAAGUGAAGAAGAAAGGUUGAAGCUUAUAGAGUCAAGGAGAGAGUUAAGGAAAGAGAGAAUGGAGAAGAGGGCAGAAGAGAAAGAAGACAAAGUGCAGAGGCUUAGUAGGGCUAAAGAAUUUGGUCAGAAUAUAGUGAUUGAUCUUGAGUUUGCUGAUCUUAUGACUAACAGUGAGAUUCACAGUCUUGUUCAACAGAUAAUGUAUUGUUAUGCUGUGAACAGAAGAUGUACAUCCCCUGGUCACCUCUGGUUGACUGGGUGCAGGGGGGAAAUGAAGAACCAAUUGCAAAGGCUCCCAGGAUUUGAUAAAUGGAUUGUUGAGAAGGAAAGUCAAUCAUAUAUUGAUGCAUUGCAAGAUCAAAAGGAGAAUUUGGUGUAUCUUACAGCAGAUUCUGAAACGGUGCUAGAUGAACUCGAUCUGAAGAAAAUAUAUAUCAUUGGUGGGUUAGUAGAUCGGAAUCGGUGGAAAGGCAUAACCAUGAAGAAAGCAAGUGAGCAAGGAGUCCAAACAGCAAAACUUCCUAUAGGCAGUUACUUGAAGAUGUCAAGUUCUCAGAACAUGUAGUAGAUGCAAAUUGGUACAAGGAAUGUGGUACUGCUGUUAUGCAUCGUUGCACACAAAGAGGGCUGAGUUAAGUGAUUAGGGGGGAGUUUUACUCUUCAUUGCCCAAUAUCUGGCAAAGCUGCCCGAGAGUGUUGGACAGGGUCUCAAUCUGUGAAGUUCUGCAAGAAGCAGUCACUACUCUUUCCAGCCAUCGCCCCCAUGGAUGGAAUUAAGAUGAUUUAUUAUGAGAACUUUCAUUACAGAGAGCAUUUUGCAAUAAAAAAAGAAGGAAAGUUCAUUCACAAACAUACAAAUUUAUCUGUUGUGACUCAGAAAUUGAUGCUGUUGUGACUGAAGUAACCAAGACAGCUCAUUGAUCAUUAUCCUGUAUCAAUGCGAGAAAGGGGGUUUUCCCCAUCUUGUGGCCCAUUGAUUUCCUCUAUAGAGUCUUCUUGGUUGGAAGGAAGGUCCUUCUACACCCGUCAGAAACGACAAUGGGAAACACUGAACCUCAAGCCCUCAAAAUUCAUGGUCUUUAUCUGCUAACUCUUUGCUCUUUUUUGUCCAUUCGAGUGCAGGUACUUACUGUAAACCAAGUGGUAGAGAUCCUUCUCAAGUUUGUGGAAAUAAAAGAUUGGAAAGCUUCCUUCUUUCAAGUAAUUCCUCAAAGGAAAAGAGGUGCAACUGAUUCAGAAGAACUCCAGGGAGUUGAUGGAGAAGAGUUGGAGAACGAAGAUGAUCCGUCUGAUAAGAAAAAGGCGAUGCAUUGAAGUUCGUUCCACCCAGUAGAACUAACUUGAAUGAUUGGCGUAUGAAUCUUUGCAGGCAUUUUAACUUUGUCAGAAGACUCCCCCC